AGCCUGGCGGAGGUGUUUCGAUGUUUCAUUUGCAUGGAGAAGCUGCAGGACGCGCACCUGUGUCCGCACUGCUCCAAGCUAUGCUGCUACCUCUGCAUCCGGCGGUGGCUGACGGAGCAGCGGCCGCAGUGCCCGCAUUGCCGCGCCAACCUCCACCUGCACGAGCUGGUCAACUGCCGAUGGGUCGAGGAGGUCACGCAGCAGCUGGACACGCUGCAGCAGGCAGGGGUCCGCCCGCCGCCGCCGGACACCGAGAAAGACAGGUAA